AUGAGGCCCAAAGAGGGGAAGAGAAAGGUGGAGAAGAUUACAGUGAACCAACUUGGCUUCCUGCUGUUUCUCAUUGUGGCCACCAGAGGGUGGAGUGAAGAGGAGGACGAUACUUCCUCCAAGCAGUGGACCUGCUCUUCUUUAUCUCCAUCUCUGCCCAGAAGCUGCAAGGAAAUCAAAGCGAAGUGCCCCAGCGCAGGCGAUGGAGUGUAUUUCCUCCGCACUGAGAAUGGUGUUGUCUACCAGACCUUCUGUGACAUGACCACUGGGGGUGGCGGCUGGACCCUGGUGGCAAGUGUGCACGAGAACGACAUGUAUGGGAAGUGCACGGUGGGUGAUCGCUGGUCCAGUCAGCAGGGCAGCAAAGCAAACUACCCAGAGGGGGACAACAACUGGGCCAACUACAACACCUUUGGGUCUGCAGAGGCAGCCACGAGCGACGACUACAAGAACCCUGGCUACUACGACAUCCAGGCCCAGGACUUGAGCAUCUGGCACGUGCCCAACAAGUCCCCCUUGAAGCACUGGAGGAACAGCUCCCUGCUGAGGUACCACACCGAAACCGGCUUCCUCCAGAGACUGGGACAUAACCUGUUUGGCCUCUACCAGAAAUUCCCUGUGAAAUAUGGAGAAGGAAAGUGUUGGACCGACAACGGCCCGGCGAUCCCUGUGGUCUACGAUUUUGGCGAUGCCCAGAAAACAGCGUCUUAUUACUCCCCUAAUGGCCGAAAGGAAUUCACUGCGGGAUAUGUUCAGUUCAGGGUAUUUAAUAACGAGAGAGCAGCCAACGCCUUGUGUGCUGGAGUGAGGGUCACCGGAUGUAACACUGAGAUCCACUGCAUCGGCGGAGGAGGGUUCUUCCCAGAGGGCAAUCCCCGCCAGUGUGGGGAUUUCUCUGCGUUUGAUUGGGAUGGAUAUGGAACUCACGUUGCUUACAGCAGCAGCCGGGAGAUAACUGAGGCAGCUGUGCUUCUAUUCUACCAUUGA